AUGUCCUCGAUUCUAGAUGCCGUACUGCACUCGGACGCUGCGGCGACUCCGGCGAGCACGGCUGGCGGUCCCACGCCGCGAUCAACAGGAAUUCGGUCGUCCUCCGCAAGGCCUCGCGGCCCGCCUUCAGAGAGCAACGCGGCGCACAGCGAUGUCGAGGCAUUCCCGGAUGACGAGGUCGUCGGUGCACGUGGAGGUGCUAGACGGCCUAACGGGCCUCGCACGGAUAUUCCCAAGGUGGUCGAUGUGACUGGAGAGACGCUGUCGCUCCGCUUCCAGGAGUUCUUGGAGAACUACACAGAAGAGACUCCGUCCUCGGCGCUGCCCGUCUCCAGCGUCGCCACAACAGACAAGUACUAUGUGGCGCAAAUUCGCGGCAUGAAGCUCUACCAGCUCUCGACCCUCUACGUUGACUACACACACCUCAUGAAGCACGAGGACGGCAUCUUGGCACAGGCCAUCGCCAGCGAAUACUACCGCUUCCUUCCGUACAUGAUCCGCGCCCUUCACAGCCUGCUCGCAAAAUACGAGCCCCAGUACUUCCGCCAGCACCGACAGCCCGAGUCGACAUCGUCCAUCACCGCCGCGUCACUCGCCGAAAAUGCCACAAGCCAGAACGACAGUCUGAAGGAGAAGACGGCGAACCAGCAGACCGACAAGCUGUUCACGCUGGCUUUCUACAACCUGCCCCUCGUUUCGCGCAUCCGACAGCUGCGGACCAGCUCCAUUGGCAGCCUGCUUUCCAUCUCAGGCACGGCUACACGCACGUCUGAAGUACGGCCAGAGCUGUCAAUGGCGACUUUUGUCUGCGAGAUCUGCAACACAGUCGUGCCGAACAUCGAACAGACCUUCAAGUACACCGAACCAACACAAUGCCCGAACGUCACAUGCAUGAACCGUGAGGGAUGGCGAUUGGAUAUCAGGCAGUCAACGUUCGUGGAUUGGCAGAAGGUGCGUAUCCAGGAGAACAGCUCAGAGAUCCCCACAGGCAGCAUGCCCCGCACAAUGGACGUCAUCUUGCGGGGAGAGAUGGUCGAUCGCGCAAAGGCCGGAGAGAAGUGCAUCUUCACGGGUACCGCUAUCGUCAUCCCAGAUGUCAGCCAGUUCCGCGUACCAGGUGUGCGAGUACAGGCCAUGAGAGACACGGCAAACACAUCACGGGGCAACGACGUCGGUGGCUCCGGUGUCAGCGGUCUCAAGGCGCUUGGUGUGCGCGACUUGACAUAUCGAAUGUCCUUCCUUGCUUGCAUGAUCUCGCCCGACCACUCAACGCCUGGACAGUCAUCCAACCAUCACCUCAAUGGCCAGGCCAGCAACAUCCUCGCCUCUCUGCACCAAGGGCAGAUCGAGUCGAACGCGACAUCUGGUGAAGAAGCACAGGAAGAGUACCUCGCGACUCUCACAGCAUCGGAGAUCCAAGAUCUAAAGGACAUGGUCCACAAGCCCAACAUCUUCAUGCGACUGGUCGACUCAAUCGCACCCAUGGUUUACGGACACCAGGUCAUCAAGAAGGGCAUUCUUCUUCAGCUAAUGAGUGGCGUGUCCAAGGAAACACCAGAGGGUAUGGCGCUGCGUGGCGACAUCAACAUCUGCGUUGUUGGCGAUCCCUCCACAUCAAAGUCCCAGUUUUUGAAGUAUGUCUGCAGCUUCUUGCCUCGCGCUGUUUACACAUCUGGCAAGGCCUCCUCUGCAGCUGGUCUGACAGCGGCGGUCGUCAAAGACGAAGAGACUGGCGAGUUCACCAUUGAAGCCGGAGCUCUCAUGCUUGCAGACAACGGUAUCUGCGCCAUUGACGAGUUCGACAAGAUGGACAUCGCCGAUCAGGUUGCUAUCCACGAAGCCAUGGAACAGCAGACCAUCUCCAUCGCCAAAGCCGGUAUUCAGGCCACACUCAAUGCCCGCACAUCGAUCCUCGCUGCAGCCAACCCAGUCGGCGGACGCUACAACCGCAAGACCACGCUGCGCGCCAACGUCAACAUGUCGGCACCCAUCAUGUCGCGUUUCGAUCUCUUCUUCGUCGUCCUCGACGAGUGUGAUGAAGCCGUCGACCGUCAUCUUGCCGAACACAUUGUCGGCAUCCAUAAGGACCGUGAUGAGUUUGUGCAACCGGAAUUCUCAACUGAACAGCUCCAGCGCUACAUCCGCUUUGCCAAAACGUUCCGUCCUGAGUUCACAGACGAGGCGCGCGAGACACUCGUUGAGAGGUACAAGGAGCUGCGAGCGGAUGAUGCUCAGGGCGGCAUUGGCCGCAACAGCUAUCGCAUCACGGUCCGUCAGCUCGAGUCUAUGAUCCGCCUAUCAGAGGCCAUUGCAAAGGCGAACUGCGUUAGCGACAUCACGCCCGAGUUCGUCAAGGAAGCGUACAACCUCCUCCGCCAGUCCAUCAUCUCCGUCGAAAAGGACGACGUCGAGAUGGAGGACGAAGACGACGAGGCUGUACUCGCGGCCGUCGCUGCUGCCGAAGCUGAGGACGAUGUUCUUAUGGCUGAGCGCGCACGUACGGAGACUCCUGCGCCAGCUCCGCGGGAGAAGACAAAAAUCACACACGACAAGUAUGUCGCAAUGCGUAACAUGUUUAUCAGAAGGGUCAACGACGAUCAAGAAGAGACGCAGGAUGGUGUCGAGGAAGAGGAAUUGCUCGUCUGGUACCUCGAGCAGAGGGAGAACGAGAUGGAGACGCAGGAAGACCUCGAGGCGGAGCGCGCGCUGGCCAAGAAGGUGCUGAAGAAGGUCGUCAAGGAGCAAUACCUCAUGUUGAUCCGCGGUGAGGGUCUUGCAGACGAGCAAGGCCAGUCUGAAACCGCCGGCAAGGCUGUAUAUGUGCUGCACCCCAACUGCCCCGUCGAAGACAUCGCCUAG